AUGCCUCAACUCCUGGGUAACAGCAGUUCGCAUGAACAGGCUGCUGCAUAUUAUGCAUCAGAAUCCAUUGUCUCCAUUGCUAUCUUCAUCAUCGUUAUCAUCAUAGGUAUCCCAGGCAACGGAUUGGUGAUCUGGGUAGCUGGUCUCAAAAUGAAAAGGUCUGUGAACAUUGUCUGGUUCCUAAACCUUGCUGUGGCUGACUUCAUAUGCUGUUUGUCCUUGCCAUUUUCCGUUGUUCACCUGGCCCUCCAUGAACACUGGCCAUAUGGUUGGUUCCUCUGCAAAGUCAUUCCAUCAGUCAUAAUCUUCACCAUGUUUGCUAGCGUCUUCCUACUCAUGACCAUCAGCAUUGACCGGUGCCUCCUUGUGAUGAAACCUGUCUGGUGUCAAAAUCAUCGAACAGUGAAAUUUAUAUCACUAAUAUGCAGUGGCAUUUGGAUCCUGGCCUUCAUUUUCUGCUGUCCUGUCUUCCACUACCGUGAUACUAGCACUCACGAUGGCAAAACUGAGUGUGGGUACAAUUUUGGAGAUGAUGAGGUGCUAGAUUAUAUGAAUGAUUCUGUAAAUGAGUCAUGGGAAGAAUAUUCACUUUUAGUCUACAAUGGUAAUGACUCAUGGGGAAAUUUCUAUGAAGGUGAUUAUUCUGUAUCCAUUGCCUUAGUGGUAAUAAACAUCACUAGGGCUGUCUUUGGCUUUGUACUCCCCUUUGGCACAAUGGCAGUUUGCUAUGCCCUUAUUGCUUUCAGAACGCAUGCAAAUCAGUUUCACAAGCCACACAGCAGGAUGCUGCGAACAAUUGUGCUCAUGGUGGCUGCAUUCUUCAUCUGCUGGGCUCCAUACCAUGUAGUUGGGAUUCUGUCCCUUGUACCUACUCUUGGAACAGGACUGAGCGAGUCAUUGAUCCUCUGGGAUCACCUCUCUACAGCACUUGCAUACGCCAACAGCUGCAUCAACCCCUUGCUCUAUGUUUUUGUGGGACGGGACUUCAGGGCAAAGGCACGGCAGUCACUGCAAGGAAUCUUGGAAGGUGCCUUUACUGAGGAGCCAACACGUUCGAUCACUUACUCCCUUCACGGAAACAAGACUUCAACAGAGAAGGACGUUAGCAGCACAGUGUAA